UAUCGACUGCCGCACUAUCGAUAGUGUCAUCGAUUUUUGCCGACUUCUUAUUUCGCCAAAUGCCAAAUUCUUUUUAUUAAAGAAUUUCGCGACAUUCGCCUGCAGUUGCAGCUGUCGCGAUGACCAACGUGGAGAUCUACGACACAUCCAACUCCGAGCUAAGCAGCGACGAAUACAGCCAGGAGGAGGACGACGACGCUCUAAUGGAGGCAGCGGUUAGCAAGCAAGCCAGCCCCGGUACGGCGACAAUAAAAGCGGGACCGGACGCCAAACCUAUGUCACAGCCCUCCGAGAAACCCGAUGACGAUGGGAGUCCGACUGCGGCGGAUGCCGCAGGAAAGGACAAGGUAGCGGAGGACGCUUCUGUGGUUGAGCAAGAGCCGCUUCCAACUCCCGCCGAAACCAUUCGCCAGAUCAGGCAAUUGGAUUCCGCACCCUACCGUAACCCUUACAUUUUUCUCAAGCGACGCAGUCUCCUGUGGGGCAAACACAUUAACCAGUGUGAUGGGAAAUAUCAGUUGCACAUGAAGGACAAGAAGUCGGGCGGACGGCGAAGACGCUACUCCUCCUCCAGCAGAAGUUUGAGCUACAGUCGCAGCAAUAGUCGUAGCCUUAGUCGGAGUCCGAGCCGCAGCCGCUCCUUGGACCGCAGUGGCAGCUCUGAACGCAGUCACAGUCGCAGUCUCAGCCAGUCGCCAGAACUUAUUUGUCUGGACGAUACCGAAAAUGAGGAUUCCCCCGAGAAACCAGAGGAAGCCAAGGCGGCAAAUGUAACUCCCAUUAAAGAGAACAAAGCUAAGAUAAUAAAGCCUCCGCCACCAGUACAGCCACAAUUGGAGCAGCAGGAGAACGACAAGUCCAACGAAAACGGUACCUCCUCCGUGCUGGAGGAGUUCCUUAUGAUAAAAGAGCCCAGGCAACCAAGUCAAGCUGGAAUUGAGUUGGAUACGCUCACCGCCGGCUUGGAACUGGAGCAGGCAACUGCAGAUACGACUCUGGUACAGCAGGAUGAUGUGGAGGAAGCUGAGGAACCCAUGGCGGUGGAUGUCACACUGAAGCGGCGUCGUUCGGUGACGCCUCCAUUGAGCAACGAAAAGCGUCGUGUUGUAGACGAUGAAGAUGAUACUAUUGAAUUUCAUCCGGUUGUUGCACAGAACUCGGUCGAGUCAACUCCAGUGCUCAAAAUGCAGCCACCAAGAGCGUCCAAUGUCGCCAGCCCAGCAGUUAAUUCUCUCCAGAGCCAGCCCGCCUUCAAACUAAGCUCACCAUAUACACUGGUUCAACCGUCACCCAACGCCAAGCAGCCUAUCAAUCUGGCUGCACUUUCGCACAGCUUGAACACUCCCACACCGCCGGCAGUGCCCAUGGAGAUCUCCUAUCCUACGGAUAAUUUACCGCAUACCACAAAGAGUAACAUUGUGGUAGCUCCACCAGAGCAGCCGGCUUCAUCUGUAACAGUUCCAGUUUAUGGUUGUUCUCCGUAUGCAUCUCCAUUACAGUGGUCUCAGCCUGCUCAGGUCGGUCAUCAGCGGGACAUUCCAGCUCAGAAUGAUCCUUCACGGGCCGCCGUCCCCCUGCAGGCUGCCCCAUCAGGAGCUCUUCAAGCUCCAUUCGGUACGCAACGAGUCCUUCCAGCUCAAGUUGGCACACCACGAACACCGGCUGGCCCCACACGAAUUUCACUGCAGGUUAACUCCUCACGGCCCACUGUUCCACAGCAGGCUCCACCACAACAUCAGCCACAAGCUCAAAUGCAGCAAGAACAACCCCAAGUUCCGGUUAAUGCCACCAACUUUGCUGUGCCGCAACAGCCGCAGCCACGUAGGUCGGAGACUGUGUCCACCCAGACGCAGGCUGGUCAGCCGGAGUCUCCACGCCAAAAGCCUUCAGCUCCUGAUCUCAAAAACCCCAAUGCCAACUUCCAUCAUCGCUUGAAGGAGCUGUUCCCAGACCUGGACGCGAUCUUUAAGGAAAAACUGGAUUCAAUGAGUCCAGAUCCCAAGUCUUUCAUGGAGGAAAUCGACUUAGAUAUAAAAACGCUGGACAAACUCUUGGCCCAAAAGGAAGAUGAGUGGAAUCGGCUGUUACAUCUGCGUUGCAUGAAGGUGGAGCUUCGAGGACGAAUGGAGCGUAUGGAACGAGUGUCCAUCAUCAAGAAGUUGCUGCCCUCGGUGAUUAACAAGGGGUGCGGCACGGCAGAGCUAUACGAGUUACAGGAGUUACUGUUCGGGGAGCAUAUUCACAAGUUGCCCUCCAGGUUGGCCUCAACAUCCCUUGAGCAAUGCCUGAACAACGUGGAGGUCGCACAGGGCGAUAUACAAAGGCUGCGCGGAGCUUUGGGUCUGAAGGAAAAAGGUCUAGCUGCAUCUUUUCGAAAUUUCGAGGAGAAACAGCAUCAACAAAACUAUAGAAGAAAUUCUCUGCCCUUGGGGCCGGCAUUGAUGCGCGGGAUCCAGGAUGUAGAAGAAGAGCUACAGCAGUUAGAACGUAACUCUGACUUUCCGCCAGCUAGCAAGCGACCCAGGCUACACCGAGCGCAAGAAAGAUACGCUCAUGAGAUGAGCAACUCGACGCCCAAUCUGGCCGCUUCCUCCUCCCUCAAUAAGUUGCAGGUUCCAGGAAAGCAUCCAUACUACAGUCAAAUGUCGGCCCGGGAAAUCUUUUUGGAGAAUGAGUCGCAACUCAAGCCGCUGUCCAACAGCAGUCCCUUGGUUUUCCAGCGUAAUCAAGCCAAAAGACAGGACAAUGAAUUACAUUCCACGAGCUACCGCUACGAAGAAGAGGAACCCACAUUUUUGGGAGCCUCGAACACGGGUAAGGGCCUAAAAAAGAAGCAGCAGCACAGAGAUGCCUCCACCACAAACGGAAAGGAGGAGAAAAUUUGCCAACACUGCCAGAUUAAUGAAGCAAUAUACGAGUGUACGAGCUGCCUGAAUCAAUGGUACUGCAGCAGUAAAUGCCAGCAUAGCGCAUGGGACUCUCAUAGAAUAUAUUGUGGCAAAUAAUUGGAUCAGCAUUACUACGUCUCUACAACUAUAACUAUAACCCCUAGCGUACUACUCCAUUUACUCAGCCUCGUAAGUCAUUGAAAAGGUGUUUACCCCCAGGACAUUGACCGACAAUUUCAAAUUGAAGCGCAUUCACAAUAUAUAUUUUUUACUUGUACUCAAUCACCGCUCAAGCAUAAAUAAAUCAAAUACCAUAUAGAAUACUUAA